UAUCAGCUCAUGAUCAAACAUUUUAUUCGGCCUUCAUUACCAGCCCUGUUCUGUUCAUGCAUGUAUGAAGGCUCCCUGCAAUCAACCUCACUGUGGUCUGAAUGAUAUAUCGUGGUCGGCCUCGUUGAAUUCAGAAGCGCAAAGAAAAUGGAUCUUUUUCGGAAAGCAAAGACAGUUAGGCUUAUAAGCCACAAGGAUAAGUACUUGGUGGCCGAAGAGGACUGUUCAACGGUCAGCCAAGACCGUGACGGAUCAACAAAGAAUGCGGUGUGGACGGUGGAAUUCGUUGAUGGGAAGAAUUGUAUUCGGCUCCAGAGUUGUUAUGGAACGUACCUGACAGCCUCAAGCAUACCGUUUCUUCCAGGAGCGACGGGGAAAAAGGUGAUCCAAACGUGGUCGUCCCAGUGUCAUUCUGGAGCGGAAUGGGAACCCUUGAGGGACGGAAUGCAAGUGAGGUUGAGAUCGCAGUGGGGCAACUUUUUACGGCCCAAUGGCGGUCUUCCCCCUUGGAGAAACUCGGUCACACACGACGUUCCCCACCGGAGCAAGACAUAUGAGAAGGUGCUGUGGGACGUUGAGGUGGUGGAGAAAUGCACUCAUCCACUCAUGGAACAGGACGGCUCUACGUUCAACAGAUCAAGAUCAGCCUCUGCAUUGAUGGAUCCUCAGAACCAAAGCGACAACGUCAGAAGAGUGUUACUGAGCAAUGAGCUGGAAAGCUUUUCAAAUGUGAAAAUCAAGUCUCCAUCGACAAGUUCAAAGCUCACUUGCAUUUGUGGAAAGGUUGCUCAGUUGAAAGCGUCAUGGACAACAGAAAAUCCAGGUAAGCUGAUUCAUUGUUGUGAAAAUUCCAUAAGUGGUGAUGGAUGUGAGUUUAUUGAGUGGAAAGAUAGGACAAUGUGUGAAAGAUCAAGAGCUGUCAUACCUAAUUCGCUUCAACGAAUCAAUAAAAUGGAGGAUGACAUUGUCGAGUUGCAGAAAAAUGAAGCAAUUGUCGACAAAUUGAGGGAUGAAAUAGCAUUAUUAAAAAGAAGGAAAAACAUUUUGAUGGUUUUAUUAAUAUUAUCAUGGCUUCCUGUUAUGUCCAAGAUUUUAUUUUGAAGUAAAAAAUGGAUGUAAAAUAGGCUUAGCAUAAUUUUUCUUUUCUAUUGUAUGUUCAAUUUUAGAUCUCUAUUCUGAGUAACGAGCUACUUCUUUUU